AUAGUGGUGUCCUCGUCGGUUGUCAAUCCAUCACACACUUUGCCAGAGCACCGCAAUGGCCUUAUCGACGUUACCAACCCGGCCUUCUUGUUUUCACUUUCUUACCGUCGAAACCUUCGCACCUAUAUCACCACCCUGGGCCUUGUUUUGUUCAGUUGAACAAUUCCUUCUUCACCGUUGACUCCCGAGGGUAACAGUCCCACAGGAAAAUUGCAUUCGUGAUUAUCAUUGCAUUCCAGUGGCCAUUUUCGAAGUUUAGAUAGUAUUUGUCCGCCUGAUCGUAUUCUGAGUGAUAAUAGGUAACAUUCGAGUUUCAAGGAUAUAAAGGGUACAGCGUAGCAUAUGAGGUGUGCAGUGGAAGCUGUCCACAAAGGGAUAUGCCAAAACUCACUCCGCUAGGCUAUCAAUGUAGUGAGUAGACAAUACUGCUGGCACUGGACAUUGGGUGAAUCACCAGCUUGUGUACGUGUGUCGAUCAGUGAAUGGUGCUCCACCUUAGCCAAACGGCGCACGGAAUCAGGCACAUGGCAUGCCCUUUGAGCGCACUCAACACGCGACAUUGCUCGCAAAAGACCAGCGCUGGAAGCACUUCACUGACAUGCGCUUCGUGUAGACAGGGUAUUCGAGACGAGGAUAUGGUUCAUCAAGUCCUGGAUCAGGUCUUUCAUCAGCGCUGCUUCAACUGCAGCCUGUGCGCGCGCCCUCUGCAGACCGGAGAGAAGUUUUACGGUGGACUAGACGGCAAGGUGGUGUGCGGACGUCACGACCAACUCCUGGACAGAGCCAAUUUCCGCAAAGACGUGAGCAGCGUCGCCGCCACGAGCAGCAGCGGCAGCCGCAGUACCAGCGACCAGGUGUCGCCCAUGAGCGCUACUACCACAGCAUCUUCAGCCAGCGCUAGCUCCACUAACACCAGUACUGGCAGUGCCGCUGUAUCACCCUCAUCGCCCAACCUGGCCACGUCAAGCAAAACCGACUCCAGCACCGCCGAGACGCCAUCAACAGACACGAGCAACUCAGCUCCAAGCCCAUCAGGUUCUGACGAGGAUGCCAGCAGCAAGAAGGAGAAACAGUCGUCUACCAAGAAGACUCCUGGAAAGCGUGCCGCCAGGGCAGUCAUCAAAGGGCCAAUUCUGGAGAUCUUGAAGAACACAUUCUCCGUCAACCCGAAACCAUCCCGACAGGUGCGGGAACGCCUGUGCCAGGAGACAGGUCUGAGUAUGCGAACGGUUCUCGUCUGGUUUCAGCAUCGGCGCUCCAAGGAGAGGUGGAUGCAGAGCUGCAUGGCCAAGACUGACGCCACAACGGCAUUCCCAAGCACGGAGUUUAAUCAGCAGUGGCUGGGCGCACAGUUCCAGCAGCAGGGUAUCUACAAUCCGGCGGCGGCGGUCAGCAGCAGUUUCAAUCACGGCCAGGACAUGACCAGCAUGAUGGCGACAACACCCAACACACUGGGAUUCCCUGCUGCUGCUGCAGCUGCCUCUCAUCAGCAGCAGCAUAUCCGAUCGCAAGCACAGCAGUCAGCGAACAACUGCUUCCUAUUCGGUGAUUUCACCUCUAUGCAACAAUCCUUCCCGACACCCCUGGCAACGGCGAUGACAGCACGCGCCCCAGCCACCCAGAACAGCAACUGGUUGCCACCCGCGACCGCUGGCCUCCUACCGUCGUCUGGCAUGGCUUCCCUGGGACUGUCGGUCCUGAACAGCCAAACGAACCAGCAUCUAAACCAAAGCAUGCCAUCCAUCCUGUCGUCCGGGACCGGUCUGGACAGUGCGACAUCCCUGUGUAACAGCACGCCCAACCUUACCAACAUGCCCAUCUCACGACAGCAGCAGCACGGUGGGCCACCACCCAGGUACCCCAGUAGCUCGGACUCCGGCCUGCCAGAGGACCUUCUCUCCGUGGCUGAGGAUCUGGCAUCUCUGCAAGGUUCACAGCACUCGCUCUUCAUCUCCUCUCCGCACCCAGCCACCAUGAACUCCCUGGACUUCUCCUCGUCGACCGCUCUGACUACGUUGGCGAAUGCAACCAGCACUACUCUCGCACAGUCACAAACCAGCCGAUCCGAGCAGCUCAGCAGCCACUUGUCUCAAACCAAUGUCAUGCAGGCUGCAGUUUCCAGCACGGCCGCAAAUGGAUCGACAACCCACCUGAGUCAGCUACUGGAUGGUCUGGGACCGCUGGAUACCAAUUGCUUCGACAGUUUCCAAGCCGGUCUCUCGAUAUAGAGCAACAAUAUGGCGGACAAGCCCUUUUCUUGAGCUGUUUGAGGAUUUGCCUACUUUGGUAUAGUGUGUCUCUAGUCAAUGUAACGCCACUAGAACAAGACAGUAGAGAUACUUAUAAAAGAUCUCGAGCUUUCAAAUGGUAUCUAUAAGGACAUUAUUUGUGUCACAGGAUGCCAAGAUCCACAGUUAGUUUAGUUCUAAUUUCUAAGUUUAACUUGAUCUGUUGACAAUCUUAUUCAAUAUUUUGUAUUGCCUUGUGCUGUCCUCGGCAUUGUACUGACAGACGCUAUCCUCCAGAAAGAUUAUCAUUGAGUCAACACAGUCAUCAAUCUAUACCAACAUGCAUCCAUCAGCUAUUAAAGUUUGCCCUCUUUCAGGUGUUAUACUGCAUGACAAAUUAUUACUUAUGACCGGCACAUUAUUCUUAGUACGUAUCAUUAAUGCAUUAUUCACAUAGCAUUCACAAGGACUAGCCAUCUUUAUGUUCUCCUUAGAAAAUGGAACUUCAUUAUGAUUCUUUAGUGUACAUGCAGUGCAUAAAUUUGAGAGUAAGCACUUCUCGAGAUGCAAGUAACGAGACGAUUAAAUUGUUGAACCACGUA